GGAGGUCCAGGCUGUGGUAGACUGUCGGGAGAUCUUCAAAACUUCACUGACGGCGCCGCGCCGCGGUGCCCUCAGUCUAGACUGGGCUGGUGCCUUGGCAGGGCAAUUGCUGAGAAGCAAGAACCGAGAGAGGGAAUUCGACAUGAAAACAUGUCUGAUGUGGCCGCGCGGCUUCCUCUCGCGUCUUCUCCUCCGCGCGACCGCCGGCGCCACGGACGGCCAGGCCUGCGCGCGCAUCCACGCGCUCCUCGUCAAGUCCGGGCACGCCUCCGACACUCGCCUGGCCACCGCGCUCGCCGACGCCUACGCCAAGUCGGGCCUCGUCGCGCCCGCGCGCAUGGUGUUCGACGAGACGCCGCGCCGGGACCUCGUGCUCUGGAGCGUCAUGAUCUCCUGCUACUCCUCCCACGGCAUGCUCCAGCACUCAUGGGCGCUCUUCGCCGCCAUGCGGAGGAGCGCGGGCCUCUCUGGCGACGGCUUCACCUUCAGCGCCUUGCUGAGCGGCCGCGCUCUUUCAUCUUCAUGCAGCCACCACCACCCGGGGAUCCUGGCGCAUGGCCUUGUUCUCAGGCUGGGCCUCCACCUGGACCUUGUCGUCGCCACCGCGCUCCUCGACAUGUACGCAAAGUGCGGCCGGGUCGCUGAAGCUCGCCGGGUGUUUGAUGCCAUGCUGCUCAGGAACUCCGUCUCUUGGAAUGCCAUGAUUGUCUGCUACGGCCAGCAUGGUGGAGGCAAGGAAGCGCUGCAGCUUUUCGUUUCCAUGCUCAGGAAUGAUGAUGGGUGCUGCUGUCGGGCCGAUGAGCUAACGCUUGCCAGCUUGCUUAGCUCCUGUGCCAACAUGGCGGCUGCCUAUGAGGCUACCCAGCUUCAUGCUUAUGCCCUCAAAAGGGGCUUACAGGGAUAUCUGCAAGUAGCCAACGCUCUGAUCAUGGCCUAUGGAGCUUGGAGUGAGCUUGCAAAGGUAAGAAGUCAUAUGAGGAACAUGUGUGGCAGCAAGGUUCCCGGCUGUAGCUGGAUAGAAGUAGGUGGAAAGGUUCAGACAUUUGUCUCCAAUGAUAUUUCGCUUCAACAGUCAACAGAGAUGCUACAUAUGAUGGACAUAAUUGUUACAUUCGUGAAAAAAGAGUUCAAUGAAGAUACUAUUUCCAAAGAGUCAGAUUUAGUAUCAGAAUGGUGUUGAGAUCUUACCAAAAUAUAUAGGGUUAACUGGCAUGUGCAUUAUAUGGUCUCAAACCUUUCUUGUGUGGCAAUAUAAACCAUUCUCAGGUUAUCAAGGUUCGGAAUCUCCAAUUUUAUCUCCAUGCACUCCCAACCGGCAGAGGCAUCUUGAUCCUGAUCCAGUCCUGAACUGGAAACUGCCUUCCCCUGCCACAUCCAGAAUCACUGGUUCUGCAACAUGGAUGGGGAGUGGUAGAACAUCAAUUGUCUAUAUCCAGUCUCUGAGCACCUCUCUCACUUUACACUCUCAGCUUGCCUUGGUACCAUGAGGCGGCCCUGGCUCGAUCAUCUUUGCAGUAAGGGGUACUUCUGCUUUCUCCAGGGACUGCUCCACUGAUAAAAACUAUUUUGGCCAGUGGCUGAAUCCUGAUGAAAUUACACAUUCACACUUCAAGGUGCAUCAGAAACAAGAGAGCUACACUGCAACUGAGAUGGCCUCGAGGAUGUAUCUCACUGUGGCGAACUGGCAAUAACCACUAGCUAGAGGGACUUGAAAUUCCUCGCGCCAAAACUGAAGUACCUAGUCAGCAGCCUUACCAACAUUGAAGGCAUAACUAUGGUACAAGAGAAAACUGAUGACGACCUAAAGGAGGCAAUAGCUAUUAGCUUGAUGUCAUUUGAAGUUCCAUUGACCAGUUCUCAUCUAUUCCAAGAAGAGGGAAAUUUGAAAAUUCAUUGGCUCUAGCAAUUCUGAAAGGCCGAUGAAAGAAGACCGUGAUGUCAUUUUCUCCAUUUACGGAGGAACAUUCUUAAACGCAUGUGAAGAAAAUAAAAUCUCCAUUCCUGGAGCAGUUAUUGUUAACUUCUGAUAUGAUGUAAUGAUCUUGAAUGUUGGAUAUUUGCAUACAAAAAAAAGUAGAACUUCAAUUAAAA